GAUAGCUCUGAAAUAGGAGGACCCUCCAGUUCAGAGGAACUCGAGCUCUCAACACUAUCCGAUGACGACUCCGAAGACGAAGAGACGGGCCUGACACAAUCAUCACAUCGCAAGACACGACGGCGGAAACAGAAGCACAUUCUCACACCCAACGAAGCCGAAGCCGAGAGGAGACUGGAAGAAGGCAUCGCACGCGCGAGUCUGAUCAAGAACACGAUCAUAAAUACAGUCUUGAUUCUUCUAUGGUACAGCUUCUCUAUAAGCAUCAGCGUAUACAACAAAUGGAUGUUCUCUGCCGGCAAUAAAGGACUGGACUUCCACUUUCCUCUGUUCACCACUUCCCUCCAUAUGCUGGUCCAGUUCAGCCUUGCGACUACAGUCCUCUUCUUCCUCCCUCGCUUCCGACCACAAGCCGCCGCGGACGCCUACAACCUCGAACACCAACAUGCGCACAAGCGCGACGGCGCUUACUCUCAACUCAAUAAUGAUGAAGACGGACCACCUCCUCCCGCCGAAAAACCCGUCCUCAUGACCAAAUCCUUCUACUUCACCCGUAUCACCCCCUGCGGCACCGCCACCGCUCUGGACAUCGGGCUGGGAAACUUCUCCCUCCGCUUCAUCUCCCUCACCUUCUUCACGAUGUGCAAGUCCUCCGUGCUCGCAUUCGUCCUGGUAUUCGCCUUCCUCUUCCGACUCGAGAAACCGACUUGGCGACUUUGUGCUAUCAUUCUGCUAAUGACGGUGGGAGUCAUCAUGAUGGUAGCAGGCGAAACAGCAUUCAACGCGCUGGGCUUUAUGCUCGUCAUGACAGCGUCGUUUUGCUCAGGCUUUCGAUGGUCCUUGACUCAGAUCUUGCUAUUGAGGAAUCCGGCGACGAGUAACCCCUUCGCCAGCAUCUUCUUCCUCACGCCGGUCAUGUUUGUGGCGUUGGUGGUAUUGGCAUUACCGAUCGAAGGACCGGCAGCAAUUGUGAAAGGAGUGGCAGAGUUGACAGCGGCAAAAGGGACUUUGCUGGGGAUCUUGAUCAUGCUAUUCCCGGGAUGUCUAGCGUUCAUGAUGGUCGCGGCGGAGUUUGCGCUGCUAAAGAGAACGAGUGUGGUCACGCUGUCGGUAUGCGGCAUCUUCAAGGAGGUGUUGACCAUCUCCGCGGCGUCGGUCACCUUUGGAGACGAGCUCUCACCCAUCAACGUGAGCGGGUUGAUAGUGACCAUUGCGAGCAUCGCGGGCUACAAUUGGUUAAAGUACAGCAAGAUGCGAAGAGAUGCGAAGAAG